UUUUAUCUAUGCCGCCGCCUCCUGAGCCGACUCUCCAUAGACAAAGCCCUCCUCCACCUCCCGUCGCUCGCCAAAUCCUCUCCCUUCUCCGCUGUCUUCUCUCCAAAUCCCUCCUCUUCAUGGACUCUCUCCUCUUCUCCAACGACGACGAUGAUGUCGCUCUCUCCACUUUCGACCACUCUUUCCUCCCCCUUCCUUCUCCGACCCCGGCGAGUCCCUCUUCCUCGUCCUCUUCAGGUGGUGGAAUGAUGCCAUGUGCGGCGUUUGCAGGCUCGAGGGCGCGGAUGGAGUCCGCGGUGGAUUCUGAGAUUUUGGUGAAUAUGAAGAGGGAAGAGGAGGCUGAGGCUAGUGGGGAAGAAGGGGUCUCCAGCGGUAGUGGGGAUUUGGCUCUUAAAUGGCAUUUUGAGAGGGGGAAUGUGGAAAGUUCAUAUCCUGGAGGCGAUAGUGCACACGAUUUAUUCUCUUUGAAGAUUAGACUUUUAUUUAUGAGUGAAGAAAGACAUAUUUGGUCAUUA